CCUGCACAACUUUUCAGUUGUACAGACCUGCAUUUAAAAUAACAUCCCAGUGACUGUAUGACCUUAACAGACACUGAAACAUCCACACCAAAAUUAUGUGAUGACAUUUAGACAGUUCUUCAAUCCAUAGGUCAAUGAUUGCCAUCCAUGGUCCAAGAAGCAUUAGUUGCGCAGGCAAUGUGCCUAAUUGCCAUUUCUGAGAACAAUACUCGUUUUGAAGCAGCAGGUUCAGUUUUGGAUAACGUUUAAUCAUUGCCAAAAUAAAGAAUUUACUCUAUGUGGAACUUAUCAGUAUCGAAAGUUAAAGCUUGUUUCAGUUUUCAGACCAUACGCAAUGGCUGGGUCAGAGGCAUGGAGGCCGCCUCGUACAUGUGAAGACUACUGGAGUGAGUUCCGACACUGCAAGAGUCUGUGGAACCGCUUCCAUCACUAUUACACUUUUGGCACACAUCCUGAUUGCAAGCAAUGGAAAGAGGACUACGCCAACUGCAAAGAAUGGGAGAAGAGCCAUAGCACACAAGCCCAGGAUGCUCUGCAGGAGAGUGAGCGCCACCGUGUGACAGAAGAGAAGAAGUUCACCCCAGUGUGGGAGCUCAGGAAGGAGCCUCCUAAAGACUGGCACAUGCCCCUCAAUCAGGGCAAGGAGGACUCCUGAAACUGCCCUACUAACCCGUACACACAUGCUCACACCCACAUACAAAUACCCUGCAAUACCUCAUUUAGUGAUCCUCCAGCCAUACUCUUCUGCAGUUAACUGAUGCUUGCCUAGAGGCCUCCAUAAACACCCACAGGACUUGACAUGUCUAAUCCUGACAGACUCAUAAAAGGGAUGAUUUUACCCCUAGGUGUGCAUUUGAAAUGGUACUUUUUUUGGAGUAAUUGUGCUGCUUCAUGGGUUUUUUUCUAAUACACGUGUUGAUGAACUAACACUAGCCAAACCUUGUCCUGAAGGACAGACAUGUAUCUCCUUUCAUCUGUCUCCAACUCCUAUCUGACAGAAUUGUGAUUGUUGGCCUGGUAGAGUAAAUGCUGCAGAUUUAGGAUUCACUGAUGCCCGUUCUAUUUAUGCAGGGAACAACAGAAGGCUUUUAGAAGGUCUGACCUGUAGUGAUUAAGCCCUCAAUUAGGGCUUUAAGAACAUCCUGUGAAGUGAUGACAUUUAGAUAUGAGUGCUAGAUUGACUCUACACCAGAAAGUUAAGAUCCUCUAAUGUUCAGUGAUUACAUAACAUUUGAAAUGCAACGGUAAUCUGUGGUUACCUCCCGCCCAGAAGGUGUCAGUUUAGGUUAUAUGUAAAGUAGAUGUUGAUGAUGUGAAUC